GGCGCAAGAAAGGUGUAUUUUACAUCGAACCUGUUGUACCAACUGGUAAUAUGACUCCUUUAGUGACUGGAAAAAUAUCAUUAGAUAAGUAGUUUUCUUCUAAAAAAAAAUAUAUGUAUCGUGUAUAUAUAAAUUAUUAGUUUCUUUUUAAUUUUUCAAAGAGCGUGAGACUUUUAGUAACUACUUUUGUACAAUUAAUGCAAAUAGCCUCGUUUCUACACGACAAAUACGUAUUAUAUAUACACUGAAAUAAAAUUAAUUUUGUAAUGACAUCAAAAUGCACUUAGUUUGUAGUCAACUGUUAUUUAAAGUAUUUAUUUUUUUCAAGCUUGUGAUAUAUCAAAGUACCAUGAUGGUUUAUUUGUUAAAUGCAAGCUUAGAUAAAUUGCAAUAUCAAAUGUUUCUCUUUAAAUUAUUAAAUUUAAUUAUCUAUAUAUAAACUUUCCAUCUUAUGUAGAGUGGGUCCAAAAAGUGUUUGUACACCCACAUUUCAUAAUAAUACACAUAACAGUUUGGGUUUGUAUGUCUUACAAUGAAGUUGGAAAUGUAGCAUUUAUUGAAAAAAUCACGAAUGCUCGAAUGCAUAUUGAUGUGUCGCGAGAUAAUUUAAUACAGAGUGCAAGAUAAAAACCUUGUUUCGUAUUAAAACCUUGAAAAAAAUUGUGUAUUUCCUAUGUAAAACGCACGUGUACAAAUACUGUUUUAGCAUUCAAAUUUAUGUAUUUUCUUUAUUAAUUAUUAUUAUCCUGUUUGAAAGUUUACAAAACUAUUAAAAAAUGGACGCAUUAUUAAAAACGCAUUAUUAAAAAAUGUUACUCAGCACAUUAUCUCAGCACAUAAUCGACUAUUAAAAAAUACUAUUUUUGGUAACGUAUCAUCAUUUAUUUAUAUAAAGAUAUCACACAAAAACUAGGUGUACAAAUACUUUUUAGAUCCACUGUACAUAUUCAGGUAUAUUUUAAAGCGACAUGAUAGUAUAAAACGUUUGUGAAAUACAAACAAGUACAAAAUGUCAGUAGCGAGUAUAUACAAAUGUUAAUGGAUAUAUUUAUACAAAAUUUACGUUAACUUCAUGCGCUACAACAACGUGUGAUAUGCUUUCUGUGCCCAAAAUGAAAACCACGUAUCAGACACGUGAUUUUUGGAGCUAGAGAUAAAAAAGAACUAGAGAUAAGAAAGAAAAAAAAACGAGUGAAAUGCCAACGUAUGAGUAACUUUCCUAUUUGACAAUGGCACAUAUUGUCGCAACUUAAAUCGUAUAUAAUGCGAGAAAUUUAACACAUGGAAAAAAAAAUAAUAUUGAAUCAACAGCAUCAGUUUACUUGAAAUAUAGUUUGUUGACGCAACAUCAAUAUUGUUUCACUACACAUAGCAAAUAAUUGCUUUUAGAAUCUAGACAUUAAAUUAAUCGCAUAUGCUAGUGAAUGAACUAUUUAUUUUUGUGGCAGCCCGUGACGUUGACUUUGAUUGAAGCAACUCCAUUUUUUUCAUACAAUAGAAUGCGAAAUGUUUCACCAGAAUCUUCACUAGUCGCAAUGAUAAAUACUCAGUGUCAAUAAAUGCAAGAAAUUUGAGAAUUGAUUCAUAAUAAAAAGCUUCUUGUAUUACAAAAAUACGAUACGAAGUUACAUGUUAGGUGAAAAGUAUUAUAGCAAAGCUUUUGACUUAAUACUCGAAAUCGUUCGAAGUAUUUAUCAAAGCGAUUAAUGAAGGCUCUGAUCAGAACUCAAAACAAUUUGCAUUUCACUUUAUAUUUAACGUAAAUUUUGUAGAAUUAUAUUGCGAUCACACCCCUCUAUAAGUUUACUACUGAUCUUUUAUAUUAGUUUGUUCAUUUUUUUUAUUAAAGAAACAAUAAGAUUGUAUGAUUUAAAUGUGAGAUUUAUUAACAGGCGAACUAUUUGACGACGCUUACUUAAAACAUAAAGACCAUCGAGCUUUCGGAAUGUAUUCAUUUUUCAAACCGAAUCUUGUGAUUGCCGAUCUCGAUUUUGUCCGAAUAGUGCUGACAAAAGAAUUUGGUAGUUUUCAUGAUCGAGAUUUUUACAGUAAAAAAGUUGACCCAUUAUCCGGUAAUUUAUUUUUAUUGCCUGCGAAAGAAUGGAGAAAUUUGCCCGUCAAAGUGACACGUACAUUUACUUCGGGAAAACUCAAGCAGAUCUUUGGAUUUCUGAAAGAAUGCUGUGAACAAUUCAUAAAAUCUUUCGAUGAAAUAGCCGAAGCCGAAACAUGCAUCGAGAUGAAAGAAAUACUUGUUAGGUAUACAACAAACAUAAUUAUGUCAGCUGUUUUUGGUAUCAAAGUGAACUGCGUAGAAGAACCGAACAAUGAAGUUCGAUAUUGGGAAAAAAGAAUCUUUGAGUACAGUUCCAUUUGGAAUGCCAUUUUUGUGUUUGCACCUCAAAUUGCUGAUUUAUUUUCCGUUCCUCUUACUGAUCGGAGAACCACGAAUUUCUUUAUAAAUAUGUUUCGGAAUACCGUUCAAUACAGACAAACUCACAAUGUCGUCAGGCACGAUUUUAUGAAUCUACUCAUACAACUUAUGGAGAACGGUUAUAUCGAGCCUGACAAGAACAAAAAUGCCGCCGAUGUGUCUCUAAUAUCGGUUACAAAUGAAUUUUCUAUGUUAGAAGCGGCUGCGCAAGCAUACGUCUUCUUCACAGGUGGCUUCGAAACUUCCUCAACUACGGUGACGUUCUGUUUGUACGAAUUAACGCUACAUCAGGACAUACAGAAUAAGCUUUGUCAAGAAAUUGAUGAAAUAAUGGAAAAACACGGUGAACUGACUUAUAAUGCUGUGAACGAUAUGAUCUAUAUUCAGAAAGUAGUAAAAGAAACUCUGAGAAAGUAUCCGCCUCUGCCUGUAGUGAAUCGGAUUUGCACCGAGGCCAUAGACCUUUCGACUACUAUUCACGUACCGAAAGGAACUUUGAUUACCAUUCCGGUGCUCGGCAUACAUCGAGAUCCGGCAAUAUAUCCGGAUCCGGAUAGGUUUGAUUCCGAACGAUUUACCGCGAAUCAAAUAACAACAAGGCAUCCAUACGCUUACUUGGGAUUUGGGGAAGGACCGCGAGCUCAGCGGUUUGGAUUGCUGCGGGCAAAAGUUAGUAUUUUAAGUAUCUUAUUGAAGUUCAAGGUGAAACUUCAUCCUCGGACUCCGGUACCACUCAUUAUGGAAGAAGCCCCCGGUAUACAUACUGCUAUAGGCGGUGUACAUUUCAUAAUUGAACCGCGAAAAAAACAGAUUUCUAGAUUAGAAUCGCGUUUUCUAACUAAGCAGAACAAUUUUAUGAAUCAAAUAGCGGCCAGGCGUCUAUACGCUCAUUUGCCAGUUGGAGAAGGACCGCGAGCUUGUAUCGAAACUCUUAGGAAAUAUCCACCUCUGCCAAUACUGAAUCGCACCUGCACCAAAUCCUUAGACCUUCCAACAACGAAUAUUCACAGACCGGAAGGAAGUUCAGUUACUAUAAUGGUGCUCGGGAUACAACAAAAUCCGGCGAUAUAUCCGGAUGUGGAUAAGUUUGAUCCAGAACGAUGCGCGGAUCAAAUAGCGGCUAGACAUCCGUACGCUUACUUACCUUUUGGAGAAGGUCCUCGAGUUUGUAUAGGUACUCGGUUUGGCUACAUGCAUACAAAAGUUGGUAUCUUCAAUAUUUUAGCAAAGUUCGAGGUUAAACUUCAUCCUCGAACUCCGGUGCCACUCAUCAUCGAUGAAGCACCCGUUAUACUUUUGCCUAAAGGCGGUGUUUAUCUUAUAAUUGAGCGAUAAAAUUAUCAUAGUCUCUAAAUCCGCGGUUAAACUGCGUAAAAUUCUGCUACUAAGUAAUAACAAUGUCAGAGUAAGGUCAAGCUAAUAGUGCGCAAAACAGAGUUAUGCAACGAUUAUGUAAAGAAGUGAGGGGUGUCCUCCGAUUCAAUAUGAUAAAA